CAUCUCUCGUGCCAUGCUCGUUGUCCUCACCAUGCUUGUCCCCACCACGCUCAUCAUCCCCACUGCUUUCUUCAUCCCUACCAUGCUCAUCAUCUCCACCACCAUCAUCGUCCCCAUCAUGCUCAUCAUUCCUACCACCUUCUUCAUCCCCACCACGCUCAUCCGUCCCCACCACACUUAUCAUCCCCGCUGCCUUCAUCAUCACCACCAGGCUCAUCAUCUCCAGCACCUUCAUU